AAGUGCUGGGAUUACAGGCAUGAGUCAUUGCGCCUGACAUGCAUUUAUUUCUUUAAAAUCCUACCUCCUCUGUUUCAGAAACACAAAUACCUGUAGGAAGCCGGACAGGUGAUCUCAGUAAGGGAAGCGGGUUGCAUCAAGGGGACAAAUGACAAUAAACACAGACUGCAGAGGGAGAAAGAUAGAAGGGUGUUGGGAAUCGUGGUUAAUGGGGAGCUGGUGUAUGCACACCUGGUAUAAAGUGGACAGAUCCUACCUCACGCUCAGACUGAGGGUCCACAGCUCUGCAGCUGGAAAUACAGGUUGUUACUAUGAAACCUCCUCAUUUAAAAAAAGCAUUGACUCAUUGAAACACACAAAUAAGCAACAUGAUCUUGACCUAACAAAACAGCCUGCACCCUGAUGCAGUUCACAGGCUGACAACUUGUGAAAUCUGUUUCAGACUGUUGAGAACCUUCAUUUUUUAUUCUGUGCUGUGGCGUGGUGCCUCUUCCUUUGCUUUUAUGAGCUGCAGUUUUGAUCAGCGAGUCCUUGGGGGUCAGCAGAGGGUCCUGAGAAAACCUGCUCAUAUGACCUUAAGCAAGCUAUAAAAGUCGUCUGAGACUCAGUUUCCUCACAGAGCAGCCAGUGUUUACAGUCUUGGCCCUCCGGAGCUGCAUGGAUAUCAUGGAAAUAAAAGAAAUCCGCCCAGGGAAGAACUCCAAAGAUUUCGAGCGUGCAAAAGCAGUUCGCCAGAAAGAAGACUGCUGCUUCACCAUCCUAUAUGGCAACCAGUUCGUCCUCAGCACACUCAGCUUGGCAGCUGACUCUAAAGAGGAUGCAGUUAACUGGCUCUCUGGCUUGAAAAUCUUACACCAAGAAGCGAUGAAUGCGUCCACACCCACCAUUAUCGAGAGUUGGCUGAGAAAGCAGAUAUAUUCUGUGGAUCAAACCAGAAGAAACAGCAUCAGCCUCCGAGAGUUGAAGACCAUCUUGCCGUUGGUCAACUUCAAAGUGAGCGGUGCCAAGUUCCUUAAAGAUAAGUUUGUGGAAGUAGGAGCACACAAAGAUGAGCUGAGCUUUGAACAGUUCCAUCUCUUCUAUAAAAAACUUAUGUUUGAACAGCAAAAAUCGAUUCUCGAUGAAUUCAAAAAGGAUUCGUCUGUGUUCAUCCUGGGGAACACGGACAGGCCGGAUGCCUCUGCUGUUUACCUUCAUGACUUUCAGAGGUUUCUCAUACAUGAACAGCAGGAGCACUGGGCUCAGGAUCUGAACAAAGUCCGUGAGCGGAUGACAAAGUUCAUUGAUGACACCAUGCGUGAAACCGCUGAGCCCUUCCUGUUUGUGGAUGAGUUCCUCACAUACCUGUUUUCACGAGAAAACAGCAUCUGGGAUGAGAAGUAUGACGCUGUGGACAUGCAGGACAUGAACAACCCCCUGUCUCAUUACUGGAUCUCCUCGUCACAUAACACGUACCUCACAGGUGACCAGCUGCGGAGUGAGUCGUCCACAGAGGCCUACAUCCGCUGCCUGCGCAUGGGCUGUCGCUGCAUCGAAUUGGACUGCUGGGACGGGCCUGAUGGCAGGCCGGUCAUCUACCACGGCUGGACGCGGACCACCAAAAUCAAGUUUGAUGACGUCGUGCAGGCCAUCAAGGACCACGCCUUUGUGACCUCAAGCUUCCCAGUGAUCCUGUCCAUUGAGGAGCAUUGCAGCGUGGAGCAGCAGCGCCACAUGGCCAAGGUCUUCAAAGACGUAUUUGGCGACCUUCUUCUGAUGAAGCCCACGGAGGCCAGCGCUGACCAGCUGCCCUCACCCAGCCAGCUGCGGGAGAAGAUCAUCAUCAAGCAUAAGAAGCUGGGCCCCCGAGGUGACGUGGAUGUCAACGUGGAGGACAAGAAGGAUGAACACAAGCAACAGGGAGAGCUGUACAUGUGGGAUUCCAUCGACCAGAAAUGGACUCGGCACUACUGCGCCAUCGCCGAUGCCAAGCUGUCCUUCAGUGAUGACAUUGAACAGACUGUGGAGGAGGAAGUGCCCCAGGAUAUACCCCCAACAGAGCUGCAUUUUGGGGAGAAAUGGUUCCACAAGAAGGUGGAGAAGAGGACGAGUGCUGAGAAGUUGCUGCAGGAAUACUGCAUGGAGACAGGGGGCAAGGAUGGCACCUUCCUGGUUCGGGAGAGCGAGACCUUCCCCAAUGACUACACUCUGUCCUUCUGGCGGUCAGGCCGGGUCCAGCACUGCCGGAUACGCUCCACCAUGGAGAAUGGGACCCUGAAGUACUACCUGACUGACAACCUCACCUUCAGCAGCAUCUACGCCCUCAUCCAGCACUACCGCGAGACGCACCUGCGCUGUGCCGAAUUCGAGCUGCGGCUCACGGACCCUGUGCCCAACCCCAACCCCCACGAGUCCAAGCCGUGGUACUAUGACAGCCUGAGUCGCGGAGAGGCAGAGGACAUGCUGAUGAGGAUCCCCCGGGAUGGGGCCUUCCUGAUCCGGAAGCGAGAGGGCAGCGACUCCUACGCCAUCACCUUCAGGGCUAGGGGCAAGGUGAAGCAUUGUCGCAUCAACCGGGACGGCCGGCACUUUGUUCUGGGAACCUCCGCCUAUUUUGAGAGCCUGGUGGAGCUCGUCAGUUACUAUGAGAAGCAUUCACUCUACCGAAAGAUGAGACUGCGCUACCCCGUGACGCCCGAGCUCCUGGAGCGCUACAAUAUGGAAAGAGAUAUAAACUCCCUCUAUGACGUCAGCAGAAUGUAUGUGGAUCCCAGUGAAAUCAAUCCGUCCAUGCCUCAGAGAACUGUGAAAGCUCUGUAUGACUACAAAGCCAAGCGAAGCGAUGAGCUGAGCUUCUGCCGUGGCGCCCUCAUCCACAAUGUCUCCAAGGAGCCCGGUGGCUGGUGGAAAGGUGACUAUGGAACCAGGAUCCAGCAGUACUUCCCAUCCAACUACGUGGAGGACAUCUCAACUGCAGAUGUCGAGGAGCUGGAAAAGCAGAUUAUUGAAGACAAUCCCUUAGGGUCUCUUUGCAGAGGCAUAUUGGACCUCAAUACCUAUAACGUCGUGAAAGCCCCACAGGGGAAAAACCAGAAGCCCUUUGUCUUUAUCCUGGAGCCUAAGAAGCAGGGUGAUCCUCCGGUGGAGUUUGCCACAGACAGGGUGGAGGAGCUCUUCGAGUGGUUUCAGAGCAUCCGAGAGAUCACCUGGAAGAUUGACACCAAGGAGAACAACAUGAAGUAUUGGGAGAAGAACCAGUCCAUCGCCAUCGAGCUCUCUGACCUGGUUGUCUACUGCAAACCAACCAGCAAAACCAAGGACAACUUAGAAAAUCCUGACUUUAGAGAAAUCCGCUCCUUUGUGGAGACAAAGGCCGACAGCAUCAUCAGACAGAAGCCCGUCGACCUCCUCAAGUACAAUCAAAAGGGCCUGACCCGCAUCUACCCAAAGGGACAAAGAGUUGACUCUUCCAACUAUGACCCCUUCCGCCUCUGGCUGUGCGGUUCUCAGAUGGUGGCACUCAAUUUCCAGACGGCAGAUAAGUACAUGCAGAUGAAUCACGCGUUGUUUUCUCUCAAUGGGCGCACGGGCUACGUUCUGCAGCCUGAGAGCAUGAGGACAGAGAAAUACGACCCGAUGCCACCUGAGUCCCAGAGGAAGAUCCUGAUGACGCUGACUGUCAAGGUUCUCGGUGCUCGCCAUCUCCCCAAACCUGGAAGAAGUAUUGCCUGUCCCUUUGUAGAGGUGGAGAUCUGUGGAGCUGAGUAUGACAACAACAAGUUCAAAACGACGGUUGUGAAUGAUAAUGGCCUCAGCCCUAUCUGGGCUCCAACACAGGAGAAGGUGACAUUUGAAAUUUAUGACCCAAACCUGGCAUUUCUGCGCUUUGUGGUUUACGAAGAAGAUAUGUUCAGUGAUCCCAACUUUCUUGCUCAUGCCACUUACCCCAUUAAAGCAAUCAAAUCAGGAUUCAGAUCUGUUCCUCUGAAGAAUGGGUACAGUGAGGACAUCGAGCUGGCUUCCCUCCUGGUUUUCUGUGAAAUGCGGCCAGUCCUGGAGAGUGAAGAAGAACUUUACUCCUCCUGUCGCCAGCUGAGGAGGCGGCAAGAAGAACUGAACAACCAGCUGUUUCUGUAUGACACACACCAGAACUUGCGCAAUGCCAACCGGGAUGCCCUGGUUAAAGAGUUCAACGUUAACGAGAACCAGCUCCAGUUGUACCAGGAGAAAUGCAACAGGAGGUUGAGAGAGAAGAGAGUCAGCAACAGCAAGUUUUACUCGUAAAAGCUGGGGCGUGUGUGACAGGGCAUUGUGUGUUUGCAUGUAGGAGAAUGUGCUGUAUUCACACUCUGGGAAGACGCUAAUCUGUGACAUCUUUUCUUCAAGUCUGCCAUCAAGGUGACAUCUCUGAAGACCCAACUGGCAUGAGUGGGGGUAAUUUCCUGUUAUUAUUUUCAUCUUGGACAACUUUCUUAACUUAUAUUGUUUAUAGAGGAUUCCCCAAAACACGCUCCUCAUUUUUGGCCUCUCAUGUUCCAAGCCUCAUUGAAUAAAAGCAGUGAAAACCUUGGUCAGUUAAGCCUUCUGUUGCACGAUCUAUACAGUGAACAGGAUUUCCUUUCCGGCCAAGAAGUUUCUACCACACUCACGAUUCAGGUAAUGGACUUCCACGGAAAAUGAACUAGAAAUCUAAGAAACUAUUCAUUAGGUUCUGAAAAGGAUUUUAACUAAAAGGGAAAUGAUUCUAUAAGGGCCCAAAGAGAAGCCCUUACCCGCAGGCAGCUUGCUCAGUUCAGUGUACUUGAACUACCACCGGCUGCCUGCUGCAGUCCACCAGAACAUGGUUGAGUGAUGGAAUCUGUUCAUUAAGAUAAUUUCUAAUUAAUGGUCACAGCUUGUUUUGUGACUAGAGUUAGUGGGAUGGAGGUGGGAGUCUUGGGCCUCUUUGUUUUAAAAAGCCCAUCAGAGAGAUCAGAGCCUUGCUGCAGGGGCAGGCUCUCACUUACUCCGGGCUCCUGGCUCUGCCAGCUGCUGGGAGGCUCCUGCCCCACUUAUCCCCCAUGGCCCUACUAAACUGUCUGGGAGGCUGCUGGAAUGGCACUCGGUCCACAGCUCACCACAGACAAGAGGCCAGUUGCUGCUUGAAAGAGGUAGACAAAAGUUAGUUUUAUGGCAGAAUGUCUCUGGGUUUCCCAGUUUUCUGGAGCAGCAAGCUGAGCUUUAAUGAGCUAAGCAUUAGGGCGUUACAGAAAAUUUCAAAUGCAGCAAUCUCCCUUUGGGCAAACCUUCCUAGUUCAUGAUAAUACAUGCGGGUGGCGAGGGCUUUACACCUCUGCAUCUUAAGGUAUGAAUACACAUCAAUAAUAGAAUACGGCUUUUUCAAGGAGAGGAGAGUGCUGGAUUGGGAAGGGAGAUGGUUGGUAGAGUCACAACUUCUCAGUGAGUGAACUGACAACUGAUGGAAAAACAGGUGUAAUUGUGAAAAGCCAUGGCUGCAGUGGCAAAGAACAAGCCAUCAGUAAACCUGAUACUGGCUGUGGAUGCAACUGGCCUCUAGAAACCCAUCUGGCCUUCCUCUUAUUAUCCAAAAUGCUGGGCUUAGCAUACAUAUAUUGCUGAAGAGCAGGGCAGAACAAAUCAGGCUCUGACCAGAACACCCAUCUGGUGCCUUGAUUCUACAGAAACUUAUUGAUCACCUCCACAUGCCAAGUACAGUGCCAAGAUCUGGGGGUACAAUGUU